GAUUAACCGUUUUCUGAAUCAAUCGUAAAACUGAAAUCAGGAGAGCUUAGGGCUUUUUUUCCCAUUCUAUUCAAAUUUAUUUUCUUUUGUUCCUUACUACAUCGACUGUGAAAAAGUCGCCAAUUCGAUUUGGUAUCUCAUCGUUGCAUUUGUAACUCGAUCGGCUUUGAAAGGAAUCGACAAUGCCGUCCGGUGAAGAGCAGGUGCAUUUGAUGAAGCAGCGUCAGAGCUUCCGGAACCUAUGGCACACAGAUCUCAUGAGCACCAUGGCUGCCGAUACUCCGUAUUGCUGCUUUGCUUUGUUCUGCGGACCAUGUGCAUCAUACUUGCUUCGUAAGCGAGCUCUCUAUGGUGACAUGUCAAGAUAUCGCUGCUGUGGUGGAUAUAUGCCCUGCAGUGGUAAGUGUGGAGAACGUAAAUGUCCAAAAUUUUGCCUUUGCGCAGAGGUCUUCUUCUGCUUUGGGAACUCGGUAGCAUCCACUCGCUUUAUGCUGCAAGACGAGUUUCACAUUCAAACAACCAAAUGCGAUAACUGUAUCAUUGGUUGCAUGGUUUGCCUCCAACAAAUUGCAUGUAUAUUUUCCAUCAUAGCUUGCCUUCUCGGAAGCGAUGAACUCAGUGACGCGUCUCAGUUGCUCAAUUGCUUAGCCGAUCUCGUUUUUUGCACGGUUUGCACAUGCAUGCAGACACAACACAAGGUUGAAUUAGACAAACGAGAUGGGAAAUUUGGGAUCCGUCCAAUGGAUGUUCCACCGAUACAGGAAAUGUCAAGGAUCGAUCAGCCAUAUCCGCCCCAUGUCCACCAGUACGGACCACCGUCCUAUGGUUACCCUCUACAACACCAACACCAGCACCAGCACCAACAUCAUCAACCUGGGCAUGGCUACCCACAUAUGUAUCCUCCGCCAUCUGGCUACCCACCUGCCGGUUAUCCACCACCACAAGGCUACCCUCCUUAUCCACCUCCACAAGGCUACCCACCUUAUGCUUCUCCACCUCCACCUCAUCAUCAAGGCAACCAACCACCACCAACCAACCAACCUCCAGGACCAGGUCAAUAUAAGUAAAUCAUUCAGUGCAUGCCUUCACCUUUAAAACCGUUUUUGACUUGAUAAGAUCAUUCUUGAAUCUUGAUGAGACUAAAUUCUUUCAUUUAAUUUCUAUAGUACAUAGUAAACUUUGGUUUACUUGAAAUUUCUCAACAUAGAUUCACUACGGCUCUACAUUUUGUUACAUUGAAUUUUGAAUAAUUUUCAUUUUGAGAUGUACUACGUUGAUGUUCUUUACUGGCA